AUGUCAGAGGUUUGGCAUGUUCUGAAGAAAUCACUUCAUUGCAGAUCUCAUUCAUCAGAAGUUCAUGAUCCGCAGGCAAAAAGAAGAGAUCAGAGAAAUAAGAGAGAGUCCAAAAACCAAGUUAGCCAUGAAAUUUUCCUUGAUAGAUCAAGUGGUGAGAUUAAGAUUUGUACAUGUUAUCCCAUAGAAGAGCCUCUUUCUCAUUCUCCUAGAAAAACCAAGGUAUCUAUAGUUUCAUCAAAAACACCUUCUCGUUGUCCUGCAAAAACCAAGCUAGUUUCAUCAAAAACACAUUGUGUUGAUUGUGAUGAAUGUGUUGUUUUCUCAAAGAAAAAGGUUCCAGUGAAAGAUUUUAAUAAUCCCCCAGUAUCAACACGUCAUCGUGGAUUUGAAGACAAAAUGAAAUCUUGUGACACUGUUGAAGAACACCAAAAUCAUCUACAUUCAGUGAUCCAACUUGAGAGAGAAGAUUCAUCGAGCAAGAUCAUCGAACAAAUAUGCGAAGGUAACUUUACGGAAAGCAAUGCAAUUGAAUGUGUUCUGAGAGUGCAGAGCAAGCAAGAAAGUUUUGCAUGGUACGAGGAAUGUAGGGAAAUGGUAAGAGUGAAAGCAGAAACCCUAGAGAACGAGCACCCGAGAUGCUUGGUUGAUGGAAAUGAAUUACUCAGAUUUCAUGGCACAACACUUGCAUGUUCCCUUGCUUCAACCCUUUGUUCUUCAGACCAAUGUGGUGUGUGUCAAAUUCUGAAGCAUGGUUUUUCCUCCAACCAACAACUAUUUCAUGGUGCACUUGGGGUUUGCACCUCUUCUUCCAGUGCAAAAGCCAUUCAUUCAAUUUCCUCAUCCAAUAACAAAUCUGUGAGGAGAAAAUGUGUUAUGCUGUGCAGAGUCAUAGCUGGGAGAAUCCAUAAUCCUCUACAAGAGAUUCAGGAAAUCACUCAUCGUGGCUUUGAUUCUUUGGUUAAGAAAAUGAGAGACCACUCGGAGAUUGAAGAACUCGUUGUGUUAAAUCCUAGAGCUGUGCUCCCUUGCUUUUUGGUAAUCUACAAUCUUUGA